AUGGCGCGUAUUUCUCCAGCUUUCACCCGCAUUAUAGGCUACUGUGGGUGCGGUGGUACCGGACGGAUCAGAGGUCUGUUUUAUUACCUUGUCUGAGCGGUCUUCUGUCGUAGCCAGCGACCUCGAUGCUCACUAAUUCCCACUAUUAAGCCCCCCUCACAAACGCAUGGAACUCUCGAGGGAGGUCUACAGCCUCAUCGUCAAAAAUGUUGCCACUCGCGCAGACCUCCUCGCGCUCUGCUUCGUCUCCCGACGCUUCCGCCAUGAGGCGCAAAGGGCGCUAUACAAUACUCUGCAGCUGCGCGGCUACACACGCAUUAUGGCAGUAUGUCGUCUGCUCAAUACCACUCCUCGCCUAUCAUUACUGGUCGAAGCACUGUCCCUCUUCCUCGCAGACGAACGUCCCUGCGGUAGCGACAGCGAAGACGAAGAAGAGAACGACUCGGAGUCCGAAGAUCCCCCCGCGGGUCCACCGCACGGCUUCUGGGAAGCAGUCGCCGCGGCGCUGCGGAAACUUGACAGACUGCGCUUCCUCAGCGUGUACUUCGAGCAGGUGCAGGAGACGGCGCAGGCAUGGAUCUUGUCUGGCAGUAAGUUCCAGCUGCAGACCUUCCAUUGCGACUUCGAUUGGGACCAACACCUCGUCUCCUUCCUCCACUCCCAGUCAGGUAUCGUCGACCUCUACCUGGCAGACUACAGGAAGGACAUCGUGCUCGACGUGCUCGGACCGGGACCAAACCCACUUCCUGCUCUGCUCACCAUGUCGCAGCUCGCGAUCCUCGAGUGCACGUUUAGCGAGGCCGCAGUUGCCCUGGUCCCUGGCCGGCCAGUCAUGCGGGUCAAGACAUGUUUCUCGCGGAGCGGCGAAGACGAGAAGCGAGCGGAGAUGCGAGAGCUUCUUUCGAAGCUCAAGGCGUCGCACAGGUCGCUAUGCGCGUUGGACCUCGCCGACGAAUCGUACACCGAGGACUUCUCGCUCGAAUUCUUGGCUUUGAUGAGCAGCACGUUCUCGUGCCUCUCGGAGCUGCGGUACCUGGGAACACUCGUCCUCCCUAUUGACAGCCAAAAGGUGCGUAGCAUCUGGUUCCUGCGUUAUCGAUGCGGCCCUAAAGGUGUCUGCUGCGCUGUAUGUUCGAAGAGAUUGCAGUUCUAUGGUCGGUUAAUGAAGUGUCCGAGAUUGCGAUGCGUCGAGCUGGAA